AUGUUUCUAUUAGAACCACAACUGCACAAUCCUGUGUAUUUUUUUGUAUCUUUACAAGAUUUCUCUAAGUCCGUGACACCUGGGGGUCAUAUCACCGGUCAGAACGAUAUUCCACUUACUCCUCUACUUCAUGACGAGAAAGGAGAAAACGCUUGGUUUGUUGCUGGAGUCAUUCCUUUGGAUAAGAAGAACACAUUUGAGCGUGUACUGUGGAGAGCUUGCAGGCGAACGGCUUUUGUACGCAUUAGUGAUAUAACACUCACUCUCGAAGACCCCGUAACGCUCGAUCCUAUCCUGAAAUGUGUGUUUAUUGUCUUCUUCAAGGGAGAAAGUCUCAAGCUUAUUAUCGACAAAGUGUGCGAUGGGUUCAAUGCUCGACAAUACCCAUGCCCGAAAACGUCGAAAGAGCGGCAGACAGCGCUGUUUGAAACAAUAGCUCGGAUACAAGAUCUCAAAAUAGUUAUAGAUAGCACUCAGAAACAUCGCUUUCAGGUAAGCAUCUGA